AAAUCAAAGGGCAUUAAACUUAAAAUAGCAAAUUUAAAUCGUCAAUUGUUUUCUAUGGAGUUUUAUUAUCAAAACUUUGCGUAAAUUGACGUAUUUGUUAUUAAAAUGGGUCAUUGACCAUUCAGAUUAAUGAAAAUUAUUCCGUCAAUGGGGUAUCGCACUAUCGAUCAAGAAAGCCAUUGGUGACUACUACUCAUCACAUGAACAACAUCGGUUCACUCUCAAGCACAUUGUUGUCAAUGUGACCAAAAAUAUUCGAGAAACUCAACAGAUUAGACUGUUGAUCGAGUGUUUACUGAUAGCUUAUGUACUGUGGCUAUGAUGCGCAGCCUUUUUAUAGCACAACAAAAGAGCGACCACAGCAAAUAAACCAAGUUGUAUCGACAGAAACACAGAAGUAACGCCAAAUCUGCUUUAGCGGCUCUCUCAUUACAUUUUAACCAAGCAACGAACGCCAUUGAAAAAUCAAGUCAUACACAUUUCGAAACACCAAAAUAAAAAUGACUCUGAUAAAUAUCGAAACGUAUAGCACUUGUUUCCUGUUGAUUGUGCUGUUAAGUGUUUGCAACAUGGGUGAUACAGUUGAAGUACCGUGCAUUCAACGCACUUACAACGAAUGUGAGGUGGAUCCGUCGGUUUGCCCAAAUCUGAAUGAUGUAAAUACCGCCAACGAAGACAACAUCAUCAUUCCGUCAUACGAAAGUGUGAAAGAUACAAUCUCAAUCGACAUUCUCUGUCCAACCAAUUUAACUCACGUACCCCGAUUUAUACUUCGCAAAUUUCCGAAAUUACGUCAAAUUCGGAUGAUGAACACCGGCAUUACGUCAUUGAAUGUUGGAAGUUUUUUGUCCGGCCACAGCUUAACGCAACUCGAUUUGCGCAGCAAUCAAAUUUCCACCGUUCCAGCAAAUGUGUUCGCCAAUUUGAAUCGUCUGGAGCAUAUUAAUUUGGCCUACAAUAAAAUUGCACGCGUCGAACCGGGCGCAUUUGACCAGGUACCAGCGCUUAGAACGGUGAUUUUAUCAAAUAACCUGUUGCAAACCAUUGAAUCGCGUAGUUUUAAUGGUGCUGGAAAUUUGACAGAAUUGUAUUUUGAAUCGAAUGAAAUUCAGACCAUCGAAACAGGUGCACUUAAUCUACCAAAACUAGAAAUCAUUUCGUUGAAAGACAAUCGUCUAACAUCACUGCCAAAAGACGUAUUCGGAAAUGCAGAGCGUUUGGAAAAGGUUGACUUGAGCAACAAUGCUUUGGUUGAAAUUGGUGAUUUGUUCAACGAUAAGACGAGUUUGUAUUCGUUGAGUUUGAGUAAUAAUCCUGAUGUGAAGGAUGCCGAUUUAUUCAAACUGACCCAUCAAAUUCCCAACCUUAGCUACCUAUAUUUGGCCAACACCGGGCUUAAAUUAACAAAUGAACCAAAGGAGCCGACCAAACAAACUGACACGGAAGACGAAUCAAAUUAUUCACUAACAUAUUUGGAUUUGUCAAGUAACAAUUUGAACUCGCCGGAUAUUUUCUUGCAUUUAACGCAGUUCAAAAGCUUGAAAACAAUCAGUUUGAACAACAAUGAUAUGACACACUUGAAUCAUAUCGCAUUGCUGAAAGGACUAUUUUCCCGUUUAGAUUCCAUUGAAUUCAAGUACAAUUCAAAUGUAGAUUUAAAUUGGCUUCGACGAGCCGUGCCAAUCCUUAAAAAGCAAAACAUUCGGCUCAUUAUGGAGCAACAGCUAAGCGAAUAAAUCAAAUCGAAUGGAUGUAGUUGUAGACAUUUUAUAGAAGUUUAAAGUAGAUAAGAUGUACACUAAUGUACUUUUAAAUAAAUAAAUGACAUGAAAUUCUUGUUCAUAAAUCUA